AUGCCAUUUUUCGCCUGCCACUCACGUGUAGAUAUCCCACGGGAUUUAAUACACUACUCCACGAAGGAGAUAGAGAAAAAAUUUGCGGAAAUAGCAUGUUCAUACUCACAUGAAGCCUCGAAAGUAUUGGCGCAAAAUUUGUUAAACGAAUGCAGUAUAAGGAACACUAAGGUACUAUGUAGCCUGGGCUACUACGCACUGACUAAUCCAGGAGUCUCGGUGGUAAAUAAGACGAACAUAGUGCAAAUGUUCGUGGUCAUGUCCCAAGUGAGAGAGUACUACAGCCUGCUGGUGUUCAGAUCAGGAAUUCUGAGACUGCUCUACAAGUUCGGAAUGGUGCUGAAGACGGAAAACCGCUACUGCUUCAAAAAGACAGUGUCGAGGUCGGAGUACCUCAAGUUCUCGAAGUACGUAGUGCACACCAUCGAGGAGCUGAGUAACCCGAACUCGUACCCGAACCUGUGCACAGACGGAGUGCCAGCAGGAGUGAGAAGACUGACGGAAGCAGCGAAGGCAGUGAAGGCGAAGCUGGUGAAGAAGGGAGUGAGGUACACAAUCAGCUCCUGGGACAUGCCGUACCACCGCAACGGGUCACUCAACACGCUGGGAGGAAGCGACGACAUGGUGAGCGUUAAGUCCUUCUCAGAAAGGUUCACGGACCUGCAGAACAACGUGGACGUAAUAGAAACGGAAAUAGAAGGACACCAGAUAUUUAGCAGAGAAGUGGGCACAAACCAGGAAAACGGUGCGGACGAAAUGAUGAUUUCUGAUUUCAUAAGCACGCUGAGCCUGUACGAGUACAAGGCCCAGAACCUGAUACAGGAGUCAGUGGAGUCCGAGGAAAUGGCACACUACGAGGAGCUCGUAAACAUGCUCGACUACAUAAAGCACAUGAUCAACAGGCUCAAGAGUAAGAUAUGCGUGACACUGGACCCGACGUACGUCGGCGAAAACAUGGACUCGGCAGAAUAUAGGUCGACCUACCGAGCACGGAGGUCAGGACUGGAGCAACGGACCGUGGCGCCAGAUGGGUUGCAGGCGAUGCAGGGAGCAGGCGGAGAUAUAGCCCAGGCGAACGACUUUAACCCUUUUCCACAAGCGCAAACGUACCCCGUGAUAAACGACUAUCCGAUCAGCUACCCAGCACAUAACACGAGUGGGUACGGGCACCCGGAAGACCGAUUCGAUAAUACGUCUGAACAACCCACUAACUACAGCUACGAGAACCUAGUCCAAAACAUAAACUACGUCAACAACUACAUAAAUAACACAUUAAACACAAAUGAGCCUCAAUUUGGAACGAGAAAGAUAGAUUUUGGAUUGAAAGAGCAAUUAGAUAAGAGUAAGUCAGAGUCACUGGAAGGAAGGCGUCUUCAAACUCAUGAACAGCCUGAGAAGGCAACGAUCAAGUUAUCAAGCGAAGAUUCUCUGUUUAAACAGGGUUCGGAGCUGAAAAUAGAAGGAUUUGACGCAAACGAGACCACUGACGUGUUAAACUACAAAGGCUCGUUCGAUUUGGAACAUCCGCACAAGUCGACUGACCCAAGGUUGCCGAACAUAAAGUCUAAAGAUUCAUCUGCGGCCGAUUCUACCCCCGAUGCGAGUUCUUCAAAGGAGGCAUCAGCCCCCCUGAUAAAGAAGUCCUCUGAGAGUAGGCCGAUGGAUCCAGAAGACUCGGUCGAAUCAGACGGAGACGACCCAGAGUUGAACACGGAGAUGCUGUACGUGAUGGACACCCUGAAGAGAAUCAACACAUACCUGGAGUCCAAGCCGCCCAAAUUUGUAGCAAACUCGAGAUCAUUUCAAACGAUUCAGUCGACGCCGCACCCGUACACUGACUCUGCGAACUCAGUAAACCUCGUGAGGGGAAUCAGCGAGAAGGAGCUGACGAAAAUGGACGAGGUGGAGCACAUGAAGAUCAAGAUGAAGAGGGAGGAGGCCUUGAUGAGAGACAGACUAUUCGACAGCUUCGACGAGAAUCUGGUCCUGAGGCUGGCGAACGCACACGCGCCGAGGAAGAGCGCGACAGUCGGCUCGUCAGUGUCGCAGUUCGAUAAUCAGCUGCGCUCGUCCUCAAUGUCGUCAGGGAAAAGCAUGGCGAAAGUAGCAAACACAUGGUCAGGAACCUUCGCCUCGAACAACUACCCAAGAGUAAGCUACAGGCACAGCCACAGCUGCGACAGCGCCAACGAGUGCGGCGGAGGAACGUCGAGGAGUUACGAGGAGUACGGAGUGCCCGAAGACCAAGGAAAGGACGCGAAGGGAAUACACACGGGCGCAAGCGUGAGCAGUAAGCUGAUAUUCAAGAAGGGGAUACCCUCGGACACGCUGAGAAGCAGAAUCAUGACGAGAAGCAUCGACACGUCGAACGAAAUGCUAGGCUACGGAAAGGAGGGAGGAUACGUGAGAACGCAAAGCGACAGGUUCGAAGAAGUGUUCUCAGACGAAAACACGAAGGAAGACUCUAUGGAAAAGGAAAAGGAAGUAGCAGAAGCACGCGGUGACGGAUAUAAAGACGGUUUCGAUGAUGCAGACGAGGAAGUGGGUGGUAGUAGGCCAGUAUCUGGUGAGAAAGUACAGAAGCAAUACGGAGGAAAUGUAGCUGGUAGAAGGUCGGAAAAGGGAGAUGGAAAAGAAGAUGAAGAAGAAUACGAGGAAUCGUACGAAAGUAGUGAUAAGAUGACAGGAAAAAAGCAACCAAGGAAAAGUGAAGUAAACGAGUUGGGAUACCCAGUGAUAGACCUGAACAACAUGGAUAAAAUGAGGCAGGAGACUAUCUCAGAAGAGGACCUGAUGGGAACACCAAAAGGAUCAAGUGAAGAGUUCGCAGAAGGAGAAACUGAGAGCGCAGAGUUCCUUGAAAGGUACCCUAAACAGAAGGACAGCGAAGCGUCAGGAUUGGACAAAUACGACCACGUCACCAACAAAUUUGACCGUAGAACCAAGUACCAGGACAGAGUAGGAGCUGAUGAAUACAGACAAGACAGAGGAAAACUUGAUGGCAAAUACGAUAGCACAGUGAAAGGGGAUAGGUCAGGGCACACAAGAGUUAACAAUCAAAGGGUAAAAGAAGAAAAAAGAGGUCAAAUAAUGUACAAGGAGGAGGAAGAUGAUGUGGAAGCACACUUGGGACAAGAAAGGAAGUCAAGAAGAGAAAGCAGGAAGAGAGAAAGGAAACUGAGAGCGCGAGAUGAUGAAAAGUACAACGGAAAGCACUACUACAACGACUACUACGACGAUAACUACAAGGAGCCAGUGUACUCAGACGACUACGAGUACGGAAAGCAUGACCAGUUCUACCAAUACGGCAAGAACGACAGACAUGAUAAGUACGGUAAGCCUGACAAAUACGGCAAGUAUGUCCACGACUACGUCCACAAUAAACACAUGUACGAUGACCACAGUAAACACAAGUACGACGACCACAAUAAGUACAAGUAUGACCCCAGAGGUGAUAGGCAUCACAGGGAUCAGGAGUUUGAAAAGGCACAUUACACUAAACCUAGGAAAUCUGAGCACAAUCGCAACCACAAGUACGACAAUGAGCACGAGAGUCUUAUGAGAAGUAAAACAUACCCUAUGAAGUCUGAGGAAGCUGAUCUGUACGGAAUGUAUGGACAAGCAUACAACGAAGAGCCAUACGAAGAGGAAGGGUACGAGCACAGAAGGCACAGAGGAUACACACAGACAGGGUUCGGAGGAUAUAGCAACUACCUGCAGACAAACUACACAAACUACGCAAACGAGUACGCAGCACCAACAUUCAGAAACUACGCAGACAAAAUGAACUAUAUCCACUUCAGCACAGCAUCAUCAAGAGAAAAUAUAUACAAUAACGACUAUAACGACUACGAGAGAAGGUACGGAGUCGAAAGAGACGGAUAUGAAAAAAGUUACAGAAACGGAUACAGGAAUGGACAUGGAAACGGUUACGGAAACGGUUAUGGAAACGGUUAUGGCAACGAAAACGAAAACAGUUACGUAAACGCCUUUGGAAACGGUUAUGGAAACGGAUACAGGAAUGGUUAUGGCAACGAAAACGAAAACAGUUAUGGAAACGGUUAUGGACCGUACGAAGAAAGGUACCAGGAAAAGUACAGAGGAAGAAUAGUAGAAGUGAACGAAGAGGAGCUGGAAAACGAAGAUAACGCCAAUGAGGACCGCUACGGAAAGUACGUUAAAAUAGCAAACGACCAGGAAAGAACACUGAAGAGUUACCUCAUCCACGAAGCAUCGAGCUCAAACUCAAGAAGAGGAAGCUACGACAAGAAAUUAGGCGAAGAAGGAGAAGGAGAAAUGGCCGAAAACAUGGACGACGACGUCAUGUCGAACUCGCAAACAGUGAAGAAGGUAAUCAAGGGAGGAGGAGACGUGAUCUACGAGGACAGCAUGCUCUCAGUAAGGUACGCACAAGCGACGAAGUUCAGCCCGAGCCACUACGACGCAGGAUACACAGGAGACAACGAGGCGACGCUGGAAAUCACGCUGACAGUGCAGAACACGUCGCUCUUCUCGUACACGCUCUCAUUCGACUACUCGAACUUCGAAAACUUCCCAAUGAACCUGAAGUUCCUCAACAGGAAGUUCAGGGGCGUGGAGGCGAACCCGGGAGAACGCCUGGUGCACAAAUUCAGCGCACUCUGCUUCGGACCCUUCGUGGGACUGCCCAAACUCGUCAUCAGGGCAAACCUGGACGUGAACAAGCAGCGCCUGCUGCACGUAUACCUGCCAGUGGCAGUCUCCUGCUUCUUCACGCCGAGCCUGGACCUCUCGAGCCUGUCAGAGAAGUACUUCAACUCGGACAAGUUCAAGCACAUCAUGAAGAACAAGGUCUACUUCAACGCGCACAAGAAGGUGCACCUGGCGCAGCUGCUGAACAUCGUGACGGGCUUCGGCAGGUUCAGGCUGCUGCAGCAGGCGGAAAACUGCUACUACCUCGCAUCGACCUUCUCCGCGCCCUUCUACGCGAGCUCGCGCGAGCUCUACCGCUUCACGAUCUUCGCGAUGGUGGAGGCCACGGGCAGCCACUACCACGUGCACGUGUCCUCGGACUCGUACAGGCUCGCGAACGCGACCUCGAUGCUCCUGAAGUACCUGCUGCAGAAUUAG